AUGCAGUCCAAGCACCGGAUCUUCGCGGAGGACCUGCUCCUCGCGGCGGAGGGCGAGGACCACUUCGACCGGGUGCCCGACUCCCUGGUGCUCCUCAUCUUCAACAAGCUCGCCGACGCGCGCUCCCUCGGGCGCUGCUCCGCGGUGUCGCGCCGCUUCAACGCGCUCGUCCCGCUCGUGGACGACGCCUGCCUGCGCAUCGACCGCGUCAUCCCCGCCGACGGCGGCGACGCGCUGGGCGGGCCGCGCCCGCGCGCCGUGCUCUCGCACCUCCUCAAGGUCAUGCUGCAGGCCGUGCUCAAGCCCUUCGCGCACUGCGACGCCAAGUCCGCGGCGGCGGCGCGCACAAGCACGGUCAGGAGGGGCAGCACCACCACCACCACUCGCCGGCGCAGGUGCUCAAGAACUUCAGCAGCAUCCGCAACCUCCGCAUGGAGCUCCCCGUCUCCGACGUCGGCACCGACGACGGCGUCGUCCUCAAGUGGAAGGCCGUGUUCGGCAGCACGCUGCAGAGCUGCGUCAUCCUCGGCGGCACCAAGGUGGACCGGGCUGCUGCUGCCGCGGGCGCGGGACCCCACGCCUCCUCCGCUCCCCGCGCCGACGCUGGCGACGCCGCGGGCGGCCCCUGACCACAGCGGCAGCAUCCCGGAGUCCUUCUACACCAACGGCGGGCUCAAGCUGCGCGUGGUGUGGACCAUCAGCUCCCUCAUCGCCGCGGCCACCAGGCACUACCUCCUCCGCGAGAUCGUCAAGGAGCACCCCACCCUGGAGCAGGUCGCGCUCACGGACGCCAACGGGCAGGGCACGCUCAGCAUGGGGCGCGACCAGCUCAGGGAGUUCAGGGACAAGCCGCUCGCCGCGGCCGCGGCCGCGGCCGCCAACCGCACGCAGGUGCCCGCCUGCAACAUGAAGCUCCGCUACGCGCCGCUGCUCGAGCUCUCCGACGGCACCAGGAUCCACGGAGCCACGCUCGUGGUCAUCAAGCCCGUCGGCGACUCCCCGGGCGGCGGCAGGAAGGAGCUCGACGAGUUCGUCGCCGGCGCCUUCGACGGGCCCUUCAGGGAGGCCGUGGCCGCGCUCAGCAAGCGCCGCACCUACCUGCUGGAGAUGAACGGCUUCUAG